UUUUUUGGUUGCAAUCAAUCAAUCUUAAGUCUUCGCUUCUACUCCUCCUGGGCCUCUUCUUCUGCUCGCACUGUCAGUAGAGCUCCGAGCUGAUCGAUCCAUUGACUGAGGAGGAGAGGAGAGAGGAGAGAGGAGAGAGGAGAGAGGAGAGGAGAGGAGGAGGGAGAUGGCGAGGAGAGCGGAGGACGAAUACGAUUACUUGUUCAAGGUGGUGUUGAUCGGGGACUCGGGCGUUGGUAAAUCAAACCUCCUCUCCCGAUUCACCCGCAACGAGUUCUGCUUGGAGUCCAAGUCCACCAUUGGCGUCGAAUUCGCCACCCGUACCCUCCAAGUGGAGGGAAGAACCAUAAAAGCCCAGAUAUGGGACACGGCAGGGCAGGAGCGGUACCGAGCCAUUACGAGCGCCUACUAUAGGGGUGCCCUCGGAGCUCUCCUGGUGUAUGAUGUUACCAAACCGACGACAUUUGAGAAUGUUUCUAGGUGGCUCAAGGAAUUGAGGGACCACGCAGAUUCCAACAUUGUGAUUAUGCUUAUCGGUAACAAAACUGACUUGAAGCACCUCCGUGCAGUUGCCACCGAAGAUGCUCAGAGCUACGCUGAGAAAGAAGGCCUCUCCUUCAUCGAGACCUCUGCUCUUGAGGCGAUCAAUGUGGAGAAGGCCUUCCAGAUGAUACUGUCAGAGAUAUAUCGCAUAAUUAGCAAGAAGCCCCUCUCCUCUAAUGAGCCCGGCCCUGCUAAUAUCAAAGAAGGGAAAACAAUCGUCGUCGGCGAAUCGGAAGCCGCUACAAAGAAGCCUUGCUGCUCUUCUGCAUAGAUAUGUUUUCAUCUGUUAUACAUUAUCAUAUUCAACAAUUUUUCCUCCGAUUUUCCUUUCCCUCUCUUUUUCUAAGUAUAUCGAUCAUGGUUUAUUUUUGGGGCAUGUAUUUUUCUUUUUCCUUUCAUAGUUGUGAACAAUGUUUUGGUCAUGCUUUCUCAUAUUUGGCGAGUUCUUUGAUGAUA